CCUGAAACUUCCCCGUGCUCCUAGAGCGCAGAGCUAUAUUUCUCCAACCCAACCUCCUUCUUCCAGUCUCACUCGCUGUGUUUGCUGAAUUUAAUGGGUCGGAAACCCAGUGCUCUUAGGCUUGUAGAGAAGCCACAAAAUCAUGAGAGCAUGGUGGUGGAGCCUGAAAGUGAUAAUCCUUCCUUGGAGAAAGUAGAUGUACAGCCUGAAAACACAAAUCCUGCCGUGGAGAGUGUUGAACUACAACAAGCAAACUCUUCUAAAACCCCUCUUAAAAAGAAAGCAAAGAAAUUCCCUGCUAAAGUUAGGCGUUCUGAACGUCUUCAAAAUGCAGUUAUGGAUACGGAAAACCAAGACAUUGAGUGUAUUCUUGAAGAGAUAACUGUCAGUGAAAGCGAGCAAGAAGUUGAGCCUUCAAAUGAGGAAUUGCCAGAGCCUACUUUGAAUGGGAAAAACUUGCAUGAAAAGGUUGACUAUCUUGUACAACUUUUGAAGACACAACAAAAGACCAUAGAUGCAUUUAAUUCUAGGGCAACUGGGAAAACAUUCUGUAGUGAAGAAGACUCUGGUAUGGAAGAUAUCAAUUAUAAAAGCUUGUAUAUUGACUGCCAAAAGAAGGUUGAAGCUCUGACAGAGGAAAAUCAUCAGCUAAAUAGAAAGUUGGAAUUUGCUCUUGGAAAAAUUGAAGUAUAUGAGAAGGGGUAUCAUGUAGCUCCUGAAGUGUUGGAGAAGUUGAAAGAUUUAUUUAAAGAUGCAUUAUGGUUAUCAAGUCUGACACGAGUAACUGAAGCAACACGCAAUUAUACUGCACCUGAAAUUGGCCAUGAUUGCAAGAAUUCUGCCAAGAGGAAGAGACAGACUGACAAGAACUAGGGUGUGAUAUGGAUUACUAUAACUUAUUAGCUUUUGUGCGAAUGUAGUUUGAUGGAUAAGUGUAGUGAUUCCAUUAUGAGUACCAGAUUGAUCAUGUAUUUUGUAACUGCCAGUUGGGCUUUGGUCAUGUGUCUUUUGGAAUUAAGGGAAUCCUCUAAUUUCUUGAAA